AUGUGGGGAACUCACAGGAGCCGGUACAGGAGCGGCUCUGGAGACAGCGAAGAGCCGGAAAUUGUGGUGAACAUCGGCGGAGUGAAACAGGUAUUUUGUCGGGACGUUCUCAACCGCUUCCCGGACACUCGCCUGGCCGAACUGGUGAACUCAGUGUCCCCCCUUCCCACGGAGGACAUCUCUUCUCUGUGUGAUGACUACGACCCUGAAAAGGGAGAAUUUUAUUUCGACAGGGAUCCAGACGCAUUCAAGUGCAUCUCAGAGCUUUAUUACUACGGGGAGAUCCACAUGAAGCGAGGCAUCUGCCCAAUCUGCUUCAUGAAGGAAAUGGACUUCUGGAAAAUUGAUUCGGAUUUUUUGGAUGAGUGCUGCAAGAGUAACUUGAGGGAAGUGGAGGACGAGCUGGAGGAGAUUGCUGAGAAGGUGAGGACCAUUCUGGUGGAUCGGGAAGGAGAUCCGAGAGCAAUGGGCUGGCAGCGCAUCCAGACGUGCUUGUGGAGGCUCAUGGAGAAGCCUGAGUCUUCUGUGCCCGCUCACAUCAUUGCCAUCCUCUCCUUCGUGUUCAUCCUUGUGUCAUCUGUGGUUAUGUGUGUCAGCACCAUACCGGACCUGCAGGUGGAGGACGAAGAGGGGAACCUCAUGGACAACCCAACUUUAGAGUGCAUUGAGACGGUGUGCAUCGGCUGGUUCACUAUCGAGUACAUCUUGCGCCUCGUGUCGUCCCCCAACAAAGUCAAGUUUGUGCUGGCCUUCAUGAAUGUGGUAGACUUUAUGGCCAUUAUGCCUUUCUUCGUGGUCCUUCUUCUUACUUCGCUGGGUGCGGGGGUGAUGGAGCUGGCCAACGUGCAGCAGGCAGUGCAGGCCCUACGUAUCAUGCGCAUCGCUCGUAUCUUCAAGUUGGCGCGCCAUUCGUCGGGACUCCAGACCCUCACUAAUGCCCUGAAGAGCAGCUUGAAAGAGCUCGGGUUGCUCCUCAUGUACAUGGGUGUGGGUGUGUUCCUGUUCUCCGCGCUGGGCUACACUAUGGAGCAAAACCACCCGGAGACCCUGUUCACCAGCAUCCCACAGUCUUUCUGGUGGGCUGUGAUCACCAUGACCACCGUGGGUUAUGGCGACGUGUACCCCAAGACCACUUUGGGCCGGUGCAAUGCCGCCAUCAGCUUUCUUUGCGGCGUGAUUGCCAUAGCCUUGCCCAUCCAUCCCAUCAUCAACAAUUUUGUCCUGUUCUAUAAUAAGCAGCAGGUUCUGGAAACGGCCGCCAAACACGAGAUCGAACUGAUGGCCUUGCGUUCCGACCAGGAUGGCACUACACACAAACACGUCUGUGGAGAUAGAAACACCCUAAUGGCACUCCUGAAAAGUCCCCGCAGGGGAGGAGGGUCCACCCGAGACCCCAACACUAGUGACAGUUUGGAGAGCACCACUAAAACUAAGCAUUGA